AUGCGUUUUACUGCCUUCUCUGCGGCCCUCCUGGCCCUCGCACAGCACGUAUGCGCUUUGCCGGUCGAAAGCAACCAAGUGUCGGGCUUGGAUGUCACCCUUAGCCAGGUGGGCCACACUCGCAUCAAAGCCGUAGUGAAGAACGCCGGGAACGAGGAAGUGACCUUUGUACACCUUAAUUUCUUCCGUGACGGUGCGCCUGUGAAAAAAGUCGCCGUUUUCAAAGAUGACGCCGAAGUAGCAUUUGAAGGCAUCCGACGUCGUUUCAAACUUCAGGGCCUCACAUCGGAGGCUCUCACAACCCUUGCCGUUGGAGAAACUGUGGAAGAUGAGUUCGAUAUUGCCGUAACUAAUGAUCUAUCUCACGGCGGGCCUAUGACGCUGCGUUCUAGUGGCCUAGUGCCUCUGGUGAACAACGGUUCCGUCUCCGGCUACUUGCCUUACCAAUCGAACGACCUCGAGAUUGAAGUGGAUGCAAUGAAGGCAUCCCGAAUCACCAAAGCAAUCAACCCGCUCACUCGCCGUACUAAGGAGAGCUGCAGUGAUUCAAGCCGGAAGGCCGCCCUCGACAGAGCGCUGAAAAACACCGUGUCUCUGGCCAACGCCGCGGCGCAGGCCGCGCUUUCCGGUUCUGCAUCCAAGUUCAGCGAAUAUUUCAAGACGACAUCUAGUUCGACUCGCCAGGUUGUGGCCGCUCGACUCCGGGCAGUGGCAAAGGAAGCUCAGUCGACCACCUCCGGUUCCACCACAUACUACUGUACCGAUGUAUAUGGCUAUUGUGAGACAAAUGUGCUGGCUUACACGUUGCCCUCCCUGAACGCGAUUGCGAACUGUGACAUCUACUACUCGGAUCUGCCCGACUUGACGAACACUUGCCACGAUCAGGACCAGGCCACCACAACCCUGCAUGAGCUCACCCACGCUCCGGGGGUGUACAAGCCUGGGACGGAAGACCUGGGGUACGGGUACUCGGCCGCCACGUCUCUCAGCAGCAGCAAUGCCGUUCUGAAUGCAGACUCGUAUGCUCUAUACGCCAAUGCGAUCAGCCUCAAGUGCUGA